AUGCCGCCGAAGCGCACCAGCUUCGCUGUGGUUGUUCCACUUGUGCCCAGCCCCGAGGACAUGCCGCGACGAGCCGACAACGACGACGCGACCGGCGAGGAUUUGCCGCCGUUCGGAGAAGGCCGUUUCCAGCAACUGGUAGCGGCUUCCUCAGUGCUGGCGGCCGUAACGUUCCUGCUGCACUCAGCGAAUUUUCGUGUUGUCACUCGGGAGGCGGACCACUGGUGCAGGCAGCCGGACCAGUUUGGCAACCUCAGCGAGUCUCAGUGGCAGGCGCUGGCCAUUCCACUGGAGCCGGACGGCACCCGAAGUCAGUGCAGCGUGCGCCAGCCACCGGACGGCGGGUCGACUGCACCGGUCGUGUCAUGCGACGAGUGGGACUUCGACCAUGCUCGUCUCGGAAGCAACGUAGUGAGUGAGUGGAGCCUCGUGUGCCAUCGGCGCUGGCUCAUCCUAGUAGCCGUGAUCUUUUACACGGUCAUAGGCGCUGUGGGAGUUUCCUUGGCUGGCCUCGGAGCCGACCGCGUUGGCCGAAGAGUUGUGAUGAAGAUAUCGCUCGUCAUGCUGCUCGCUGCACUCGUAGCACUUCUCAUCGCGGGCUUUACCGCGAACGCGGCAAACUGGCUUCCGCUGCUAAUUCUGCUCCGCACCAUUGUCUCGGUCACUGCAAACUGCCUCAUGAUUGUCCUUGCCGUGGUCCUAUACGAAGUGACGACGCCCUCCAGACGGCUGCUUUACUGCUACAUAACGCCGGCGACCUCGUUCACGGCUGCCUCCAUAAUCACGAUUCUUAUGGCUCAUUUCAAAGUAAGCUGGGAUGGCGUCCACAUGGUGCUCAUGGUACCGAUAUCCCUGCUGAUAACCACCUUCACCAUUGUGGACGAGUCCCCUGCGUGGCUCAUUGCUUCAUGCAAGUUUCUGGAAGCGGAGCACGUAGCUAUGAGGGUCGCACGCUUCAACCAUGUUGCCGCUGAGGACUGCCAUGACUGGUUCAACCGAGCAGUCGACAGGAAUGACAGACUCAACAGCAUGGCUGGUAACAACAGGAGUUAUGUUCCUACGUUCACAUCGGACUUCCGAAAGAGGUCCCUGCUUCUGUGCUAUGUCUGGGCAGCCACUGCAUUUUCAUCGAACCAGCUGUACCUGAACAGCAUGUUCCCCUUUCUGAAGCCCAUGAUGGUCGGCACCGUCGUGCUAUGUCAACUUCCGGUACUCGCAGCUGUAUACGCGCUCAUCGUAGUCUUUAGUGCGAAGCGAACUGUGGUCGUGUCCAGCAUGAUGUUGAGCUCCCUGACACUAAUAUUGGCCGCUCUGUACGACCGGGACCUUACCCUACUGAAGAGCCUGCUUGUCGUUACCAUACGGAUCCUGGCCAACCUCUGCGUUAUCCUUCUCUUCUUCGUGACAAUGCAAAAUUAUGCGUCCACGAUGCGAUGUACUGGACUAGUUAUCGCCUAUGCUGUGGGCCAUACCUGUGAGUCUUUGGGCGAGAUACUGUUUUAUUUUGUGCCCAGGCACCGGCGCGACAUCAUUUUAGCAGCCAUUGCGAUCUUGAUGGCAUGCUCGCCCGUGGCCCUGGAAUAUCUUCCACAGAACGCCGAUAGGCCACACGAGCCUCAUCGCGAAUCUAUGCAAUCAGCGCCCUUAAGACGGUAUAGCAUUGUGAUACCGGACGAUGUGCGCCGCUCGAUGCAAGAAUCAUUGGUGUCUCUACCCAAGGGUCCCCAAAGGAACAUGCUGGAAAGAGGAGCGCGCAGGAAGGUGUCGCUGCCUGAACAAUACUCGGUCAGAAUUUCGAGGGCGUCCCUUGGUUACAAGUGA